CCCAGGUUUUGGUUUGCAGAGUUGAUCCGGGAGAAACUGAGGUUCGGAUAGGGGACGACCGUCCCCCAAACCCGCGGGAAACUUGUUUCCUGUGAAAAGCCUAACCUCUGGUCAUUGGCAUUUUCUCCGAUCACCACUCCUAAAUUGUUCUGGCCUGUGGGAGGGUGAUCGAGACAUUUAGGACUGGGACAGGCAAGGGAGUUACGGCUCAAGGCCAGAGUUAACAGGUAAGGAUGUGCAGGCCAGGGACGUGGUCAAGGUUGUAACCGCUGUGGCUGAGGUGGUGUCAGGAGUCAAACCCAAGUUGAGCCCAGACCCUGAGAGCUCCUGUGGAACCGAGAUGACCCACUCUUUGGUUUGUCCAGAGACAGUAAGCAGGGUGAGUUCCGUGCUGAAUCGCAAUACUCGGCAGUUUGGAAAGAAACACCUGUUCGAUCAGGAUGAGGAGACGUGCUGGAACUCUGAUCAGGGCCCCUCCCAGUGGGUGAUAUUAGAGUUUCCCCAGCGUGUCUGUGUCUCCCAGCUGCAGAUCCAGUUCCAGGGGGGCUUUUCCAGUCGCCACUGCUGCCUAGAAGGUUCACAGGGAAAUGAAGCUCUGAGCAAGAUUGUGGAUUUCUAUCCUGAGGAUAGCAACUCACUUCAGACUUUCUCUGUGCCAGCUGCUGAAGUAGACCGGCUGAAGGUAACAUUUGAGGAUGCUACUGACUUUUUUGGCCGUGUGGUCAUCUACCACCUGCGGGUACUGGGAAAGAAGAAAGUCUAAGACCUCCUCCAGGAAGCCCUUGGGGGAAACAAAGCAAUACAGUGAAGUCCUUCAAGUUCUGCAC